CUGGCACGAUGAAAGGCUGUCAACGACAGGUCACUCUAUCUUUUCUCGUGGUCUGAAUGAUUCUUCCUCUUUCUCCAUAUACCCCCACUUUCUCAUUUCCAAAACUUCAACUGAAGAGCUAGGGUUCACAUAGCCGGCGUUCUUCUUCUUCUUCUUCAACCUCAUCAUCUUCUCAGAUCUAAUUAUUCACCGUCUAUAAAAUGGCCGAUGCCGAGGAUAUUCAGCCCCUUGUUUGCGACAAUGGAACCGGGAUGGUGAAGGCUGGAUUUGCCGGUGAUGAUGCUCCAAGGGCUGUCUUUCCAAGUAUCGUAGGUAGACCACGACACACUGGUGUUAUGGUUGGCAUGGGCCAAAAAGAUGCUUAUGUAGGUGACGAAGCACAAUCAAAAAGAGGUAUCCUUACUUUGAAGUAUCCUAUUGAGCACGGUAUUGUCAGCAACUGGGAUGACAUGGAAAAGAUCUGGCAUCACACUUUCUACAACGAGCUUCGUGUUGCUCCUGAAGAGCAUCCCGUUCUUCUCACUGAGGCACCAUUGAAUCCCAAGGCCAACAGGGAGAAGAUGACCCAGAUCAUGUUCGAAACCUUCAACGUUCCCGCCAUGUAUGUUGCCAUCCAGGCCGUGCUUUCCCUCUAUGCCAGUGGUCGUACAACAGGUAUUGUGCUGGAUUCCGGAGAUGGUGUGUCACAUACGGUUCCAAUUUAUGAAGGUUACGCACUUCCUCAUGCCAUCCUACGUCUUGAUCUCGCUGGUCGUGACCUUACCGACUCACUGAUGAAGAUCUUGACCGAAAGAGGUUACAUGUUCACAACCACUGCCGAACGGGAAAUUGUCCGUGACAUGAAGGAAAAGCUUGCAUAUGUCGCUCUUGACUACGAGCAAGAGCUCGAAACCGCAAAAAGCAGCUCGUCUGUCGAAAAGAACUAUGAAUUGCCCGAUGGACAAGUUAUCACAAUCGGAGCAGAGAGAUUCCGUUGCCCUGAGGUUCUGUUCCAGCCAUCUUUGAUUGGAAUGGAAGCUGCUGGUAUUCAUGAGACCACUUACAACUCCAUCAUGAAGUGUGAUGUCGAUAUCAGGAAGGACCUUUACGGUAACAUUGUUCUCAGUGGUGGAUCAACUAUGUUCCCUGGUAUAGCUGACAGGAUGAGCAAGGAAAUCACGGCUCUUGCCCCGAGCAGCAUGAAGAUCAAGGUGGUUGCUCCUCCAGAGAGAAAGUACAGUGUCUGGAUCGGAGGAUCUAUCCUUGCAUCACUCAGCACCUUCCAACAGAUGUGGAUCUCCAAGGGUGAAUAUGACGAGUCGGGCCCAUCCAUUGUCCACCGAAAGUGCUUCUAAGUAUGGAUUUUGUUGGUUUUUGAAGGUUGAGUUUUAUGGGUUUUUCUAUUGCCUUUUUUCGUGUCAUGUUUCAUGUGAACUAUUAUGUAAGACUGGCAGACGUCCGGGAAGCCAAAGGGGGAUAAGCAUCAUGUUCAUGCAUCGGUAUGCGGCCGCCCCAUUUGUCAAUUGCUGCUAGAUAUGUUUGUAGUUGGAGAGUGGUUGUGAAGUCUUUUUUUUAAUUAUGAAUUCAAACUGUCUUUUUUAUUUAUUCUGUUUGUUGGCAAUAACUAGUGUCAAGGUCUUUUCUGUACUAAAAAUUAUUCAAGUAGACUCUUUUAUAAGGAUUUUAUUCUAUUUAUUGCUGGUCAUUAUGGUUUUGGCUAA